AUGACCCUGCCCAUGCAGCUGAUUUUGCUUGACAUAGAAGCACUGGCGUCUAGAGCGCCACCCAUGGUUUUCGACUUGGUUGCAGGCUCUCUUGGGCGCGGGCGGGUGACAACGGGCGAAGUCGCUCCCAUGAGCCCUUGGGAUGACCUGCAGGGCGCUGUCAUUGCAGGCGAUGCUAAAGCCCAGGGCGUGGCCGAUGCAGUGAUGGGCCAGAGCAACACGGAUGCCGGGAGGAUGGAGGUGCUGAAGCAACUCAUGGAGCAGCAGUCCGUGGGAGAUUGGAGGUUCUUGAGGCUGGAGACCAGCAGCUCGUCUUCUGAGGAGCCAGUGGAAAGCGAGCCCUUGGCCAAGAAGCCAAAGAUCGAAGUGAGGAGGAUGAACAGGGUGGAGAUGCAGGAGGAGCUGAAAGCCCAAGGCGAGCCCGUCGAACCUGGCGCCACCGUGAAUCAGCUGAGAUCUCAGCUGGUGACGGCUCGCAAGUCUGUGGAGACGCCCAUGGGCGCGGCUGAGGUCCAGGAGCCCCUGCCGGACAAGGUGGAGACGCCCGUGGACGCGGCGGAGAUGCAGCAGGAGGAGACUGAGGUCCAGGAGCCUGUGCAGGGCAAGGUGGAGACGCCCGUGGACGCGGCGCAGGAGCAGGACAAGGUGGAGACGUCCGUGGACGCGGCGGAGACGCAGAAGCAGGACAAGGUGGAGACGCCCGUGGACGCGGCGGGUGACCAGGAGCCCCCGCAUGACAAGGUGGAGACCGCGGAUGCCGCCCAGAAGCCCGAGGAGAGCCGCUGGAGUCCCGCUCCUUCAAGGGCAUGCACAUACAAGGACUUGUUCUUCUUUCUUGCUGGCGGGCAGUGCGCGGCCAACUGUUGGAACCGCACGCUGCAAGUGGACGGAGAUGAGUACAGGGGCCUGCUCAUGAUCGACGUGCGGACCAUGGACGCGCAGCUGGCCAAGCAGGAGCACGUCAUCACAAAAUGCUUGGGGGUGACUUACCCACGAGAGCUCUUUGCGAUGUUGGGCCGGGACCUGGACUUGGAGGCUUGCUUGCAACAGGUGAAGGACUUCGAGAGCGGGGUCGGGCAGGGGUACGGCACUGUGGACAUGCCGCCUGAGCUCAGCGGCAAGUUACUGAAGUUGUUCGAGCAUCCCGCCCUCGAGGCGUGCAAGGUUCUCUACAGUUACUGGGAAAACAUGGCGGUCGCACUGUGGUUGAUGAAGUGGGCAGCGCAUAGGCUCUGCGGCACGUCCCAGCUAGAGGAAUUUCACAUGGGGGCAAGAACGGAAAGAGUUGGUGGAUCGCGCAGCUGCAGGCUUUGUUCGGCACGUAUUGUGCGAUGCCCGACUCCGAUCUCCUGA